AUGUUCUCGACGUAUAUCCUCUUCCUCCUAUUGGGCGGCGUUGCUCUCACAGUAGUGAGACUCGUCCUCAACAGCCUGCAGCUGCGUGGCAUACCAGGCCCCUGGCAAGCACAAUUCACCGAUCUAUGGCGCUUCAAUUCUAUGAGAUCGAAGGGAUGGUCUGCCAGACUCAUUGAACUCCAUCAAAAGCACGGCUCACUGGUACGCAUCGGCCCCAAGCAUGUCAGCAUCAGCGAUCCUGGCGCGAUCCCCAUCAUCUACGGAACAAGCCCGGUCUGGCUGAAGGGCCCGUCAUACUAUGCCGCGGCAACGGUGAGCCAGGGGCGCAUGGUGCCAAGUAUCAUCGCCAUGGGUGAACUACAACAUACUGCGGUUCGCAAGUCGGCUGGCCGAGCUUUUACAACCAACUCGCUGCUUGACUACGAAGCCUCAAUCGAGACAUCCGCGGCCGAAUUGAUUCGCGUCCUUGGAGAGAAUCCAACGACCGAUAUUGCGAACUGGCUACAAUUCUUUGCCAUGGAUGUGUUGAUGCGCAUUGCCUUCAGCGAGUCGCUUGGCUUCAUGGACAAGGGUGACGACGUUGACGGCAUUCUGGCAGCAGUCGUUGGGCGUUUCGACCACUGGAACGCUUGGGCUGCCCUACCGGGCGGAGACUAUCUCUUCAACAAGGGACCACUUGCCUCUAUGUUGCGGAAGCAGAAAGACAGCCCUUUGGCUCGUGUCGGGAUGACCAAACUUAUGGCGCGCAAGGGCGCCGCAGCCCGGACAGAGAAGAGUGACCUGCUACAGAAGUUUCUCGACGGCCAGGCAAAGUACCCUGACAUUGUGUCAGACAACGAGGUUUUGGGCAUUAUCAUGUCGACCAUUGGCGCUGGUGCUGAUACGACCGCGGGAACUCUGGCCUACACCAUUUACCUGCUAUGUUUGAAUCCAACAGCUGCCCAGUCUCUUAUGUCAGAAUUGCAGGAGGCACUACGCGGUGGCACACUGACGAACCCACCAAAAUGGUCUCAAGUAAACCGACUACCAUAUCUCGAUGCUGUGUUGAAGGAGUCGAUGCGUGUCUUCCCAAUUGCUUCAUGGGGUCUGGAUCGCAUCGUGCCGGCUACCGGUGCCACGAUUUGUGGCAAGUAUAUUCCUGCUGGGACCAUCGUCGGAUGCCAGAUCGAUGCGAUACAUUUGGACGAAGACGUGUAUGGGAAGGAUGCAUCAGAGUUCCGACCAGAGCGAUGGAUUGAGGCUAGUGAGGAUCAGAAGCGCCGCAUGGACAGAGCCUUCUUAGCCUUCAGUGCAGGCAAGCGCACCUGUACCGGUAUUCACAUCGCCUGGCUCGAGAUGAAGAAGGUCCUGCCGCUGAUUCUGAUGAACUUUGAGGUGAGAUGA